UUAUCUUCUUCCUCCUUCGGCAACCGCGCUUUCUGUGCUAGCAAGGAAUUUCAAUUUUCCCUCCCGAAGAGCCUUCUGCUCAGAUUUCGAGACUCUGAGAACCCUUUCACGGUACUCUGUCUGAGACCCUUUGCCAAAAUUUCUAUCUUUUGGCUCAAAAAAUCGAAGCUUUCUUUGCGUCCUCACGAGAUCUCCGGUCUUUCUUCUUCGCAAAUUGCGUCCACUUCGCUCACUCACCGUGAAAGGUUUCAGAAGUCGCGUUUCGGUCUCAUUGAGGAGAAGCUAAUGGCAGGUCGUGUUGCGCUGGGACAGAGGAUCCUUCAGGAUGAAAAUAUGAACGUUAAGGCCAAAAAGACUGCGGUCGGAGUUGGUGGGCAGUCGAGGAGUUUGAAGACAGCUCCCAAGAAUGGCGGAGUCAGGUUAGGGAGUCGCAGAGCUCUCAACGACAUCACGAACAAAUCAUCCUCCUCCAGCAAUGAACUCCUGCCGAAGAAAAAAGAUGCACGGAAGGAAGAAUCUAUUGUGGCUGAGCAAAGGGAAUUUAAUGCAGCUGAGGAGAGGUUCUUGCACGAUCACAGUAAGUGCAUCAAGGCGCAACGAGCUGCUUUGAAUGCUUUCAACUUGGAUCUCGUUCUCCCCGGUUUUGAUUCUGAGUCUAAAAUGGAUCAUUCAAAUUCUGAACAGGCUAAAGCACAGGUUGAUAUUGAUAGCCCCCGCUGCUACCCAGAACCGGUCGAGUUGCCCAUGUCCGAGUUCUCCUAUUGGAACUAUGAUCCAACCCAAUGGGAUUCUCCUCCAUGUUCGCCAAUUCAUUCUGUAUCUCCAUUUAUCUGGCAGUUUGAUGAAGAAGUUGAAUUUGUUCUCAAGCAAGAAAAUGAUGUCUGACCAUUAUUUAGUCCUUUGAAACCCAAAUUUCGAAGAAA